CAUAUGUAUAUAGAUAUACGCUUGUAUAAACAAGUAUAAAUAAGUACUCCCUUUGAUAAGAUUACUAAUGUUUCAAAUGUAUUUUGUUUUUCGAUAUACACAUAUACACACACAUGAAUCAUAGUGUGAUUCAGAUCGCCUGUCUGCACAAUACGCAAAUUUAAUUGUUAAACACCUAGCAAUGGCAACUCACGCGGAAAAGGACUUUAUUCACUUGAAUGUGAGUGUACACAAAGCGCUUAAGGGUAUGGAAGCUCCGCUAAAAUCGAAGCAUGCUCGUUCGAUUAUCAUCAUAAUACACAGAUCAAAGGAGGCGCAAACGUUUUGGUCGUUUAUAACACGACAACCAAUAAUGGAGAAUAGAUUUACGGCCUGGAAGUUUUGUCAUCUAUUACACAGGGUGUUGAGAGAAGCGCACAGGUGUGCUCUUCAGCAAUCGCAGAAGCAUCAGAAAAUGAUUUUGGAAAUUGGCAAGUCUUGGGGUCAUCUGCACGAUGACAUCGGCUAUUGUAUUAAGGCGUAUAGCAAGCUCCUGGUAACUAAGCUUAACUUUCACGACAAGAAUCGAUUCUAUCCAGGAAACCUGAUAAUACCAUUUUCUGAAAUAUUAAAAGCUUCGGAUAAGGAUUUAAAUUACUGCUUUCAAUUGUGCGUGGAGAUCUUUGACUAUUUAGAAGAUAUCAUUGCGCUGCAAGUGGCUAUAUUUUCAUCCAUAAAUACCUAUAGGAUAUCAUCGAUGACACAGCCAGGCCAAUGUAGAUUGGCGCCAAUGAUAACCCUUAUACAAGAUUCAAAUCCUUUGUAUGACAUUAGUGUUCGAAUUAUGUUUAAGUUACACGAAAAAUUACCUAACGAUGUGCUUUACGGUCAUAGAGAAAGAUUCGCUGGCAUCUUUGCCAAACUGAAGUUGUUUUAUAAUAAUGUGAGACCUUUACAAUACUUUAAUGACCUCAUAACGGUCCCACAGUUGCCCGAUCAGAGUCCGAACUUUAAGUCGCAGGUAGAUUUUGGUAGCUAUGUGCCACCUGUUGUACUUGUCCCAUCAGAACCAGAUCCCGUUGUUGAUGAUCUUAUAGAUACUAACUUUUCCAAUGUUGAAGACAAUACGAAUCAUGUUCAACAAGAUCAAAUCUUAAAUGAACGUAUAAAUGUCUUGGAAAAUAUUUUGGAAGAUAAAAGCGAUAUGAUUAUCCAACUGAGAGCCAAGCUAGACGAGUGGAAACAUAAUUAUGAGGGUUUGGAGCAGAGUUAUAAACAAGAUGUUCUGGACCUACAAAGGAGUAAUACUUCGUUAUGCAACGAUUUGGCUUCAGUCAAAGAAAUGUGUGCGAAUAUGCGCAUGGAAAAAGAUGAUCUGGAACUGCAAUUGACCAAUAAUCAUAUUAUAAGUCAAAAGGUAGUCGAAGAGGAAGAAAAACAGAAGUUAUCAUCCGAAAAGUUCAAUAAGUUAAAAAUGAUGUAUACCCAAAUAAGAGAUGAGCACAUCAAUUUACUACGACAACACAGCGAUCAUUCCAAAUCUUUAAACAAAGAAAAGCAACAUAAUUCAGAAUUAUUGUUGCAAAUAAAAGAGCUUAACAACGAAUUGUUAAAAAACAACGAGACUAUAGAAUGCGAUAAAGCAAAUAAUGUUAAGCUCUUGGAGCAAAUCGAAGAGCUUAAGGUUGAAAUAUCAAGACUUGAAGCGAGUGGCAAAGAGUUAGAAACUAAAUAUGAGGCUAGAAUAUAUGAAAAGGAAAAUGAAAAUCUUGAUUUAUAUUCAAAGGUAAAUAUUUUAAAAGAUACAAAUAUUGAGCUUGACAAUGUUAAAUUAGUUUUGCAAGAAAAAGAAUCAAAACUUGCAGAAGCUGAAAGCUUAUUGAAUAUUAAAAAUAAGGAAUUUACCGAAAGCCUUCAAAAGUCUGAAGACAAAUACUUGCAACUUUCAACUGAGCACAAACAGCUACAAGAAACUCUUCAACGAGAUGCUCAAGAUUUACGUGCAGCCAUGGAUGAAACUGAUCUGAAGCUUAAGCAAAAGGAAAUCGAAUUGAAAGAAAAAGAAUCAAAACUUGCAGAAGCUGAAAGCUUAUUGAAUAUUAAAAAUAAGGAAUUUACCGAAAGCCUUCAAAAGUCUGAAGACAAAUACUUGCAACUUUCAACUGAGCACAAACAGCUACAAGAAACUUUUCAACGAGAUGCUCAAGCUUUACGUGCAACCAUGGAUGAAACUGAUCUGAAACUUAAGCAAAAGGAAAUCGAAUUGAAAGAGCUGGAAGCAAGUAUAACUCUGCUAAAGGACGAAAAAGUCAUAUCAAAUAAAUUGUCAUUGGAUAUGAAAGAAAAACAAAGUCAACUCGAAAAUGAUUUAGUUCAAGCAUUAACCAAAGUGGAUUCCAUUACAGUAUCAAACAAACAAUGUGAAGAUAAAUUGCUGGCAAUGAGAAAAUUAACGUUACAGACUGUGAAAGAUCUAUGUGUUUCCAAAUUGAAUGAAGGAGCUCAGCAACCAUUGGAAUUUGUACCAAAAUUAUCCUCGCAAAUCGAGGCAUUGCUUAACAAUUUGGGAACUUCCGCUCAAAUGCCAAUUAAUGAUUGCGUUGCUAAGAUACAUGACAUUUUACAUUUAGGAUAUUAUUUUAUAGAGCUAUACGAACAAUGUGAUAUAAUUUAUACAACUACAACGGAAAUAGAAAAGGGACAAGAUGUUUUAAACAAAGUGCGCUCCAUAUGGCCAGACCUACUGCAGCUAAUCGAAUCUGUUGAAGAUGAUGAUAAAAAUAAACAAUUUGACUCUCUUUCGAAGAAAAUACAAAUGAAUUUAAGUGGCUUGAAUGAGCUGGUGCAAGGCAUAUUGAAUAACUUUGAGAAGAGCGUCGAUCUUGAUAAGCUAAUUGAAAUAGAGCUUAAGGAGAUGGAUGCCGCUAUCGAAGAGGCUGCUUCUAAAAUAAUAAACUUACUCUCCAAGUCCCGGGAGAACGACAACCAAAUCAAACUCGAAGUAAAUGAGAAAAUCUUAGAGGCUUGUACAGGCCUAAUGGAGUGCAUAAAAGUAUUAAUUCUAAAAUCACGUGUGCUGCAACAGGAAAUAGUUUCUUCCCAAAAAGGUAAUGCGACUGCCAAUGAAUUCUAUAAGCGCAACAGCCAAUGGUCAGAUGGUUUGAUUUCGGCCUCAAAGAGCGUAGCCAAAGCUGCAAAUUAUCUUGUCGAUGCUGCCAAUAAUGCCGUUAACAGUGAAUCAGGCCAGAACUUUGAGUUAAUUGUUGCUGCUCAAGAAAUUGCAGCCUGCACCGUGCAACUGGUCAUUGCAAGCAAGGUGAAAGCAAAUCGCAAUAGUGAAAAUUUGGUUAACUUGACCAACGCCUCGCGUAAUGUGACCAAGGCAACGGGAGUCGUGGUAGCCACUGUAAAGGAUGGCAAUGCACGACAGGAACAACAGCAAGAUAAUGAUUUACGUACACUAACACCAUCCCAACUUAAGACUAUGGAAAUGGAAAUUCAAGUAAAAGUAUUAGAACUAGAACAAUCUCUGCAGAGUCAGCGUUUAAAGUUGUCGGCUUUCCGCAAAGAGCAUUACCAGAAAACAGAGUACUAAGCGUAGCCCAACAAUAUACAUUUGUUACUAUAUUGAUCAUUUAUUUACUUAAAUAUACUAAUUUUGU